GGCGCCAUAUUGGAUCCUCGGUGGUAAACACACACUAACCCGGGCUGUUAGCGGACAGAAGAACGGCUGACCGGGCUGCUAUAUGUAUCAGCGGGGUCGGUCGAGUGCUUAGUCUCGGGCACACGGGUCCGAGAGGUUUGACUUGUAGUCGUUUUGUGGCGAGCUUGCUGGUGUGUUUUUUAUAAGACAUGACUUCCCUGAGUCAGAGGAGCUCGGGCCUGGUGCAGCGCCGAACCGAGGCGUCGCGUAGCGCAGCGGCCGACAAGGACAAGCCCUCCGCCGGGGAGGAGCCCGAGCCGCGCCGCGGAGAGGAGCCCGAGGACGACGAGCAGGGAGACUCCAAAGAGACGCGGCUGACCCUGAUGGAGGAGGUGCUGCUGCUCGGCCUGAAGGACCGGGAGGGCUACACCUCCUUCUGGAACGACUGCAUCUCGUCCGGGCUGCGCGGCUGCAUGCUCAUCGAGCUAGCGCUGCGUGGGCGACUGCAGCUGGACGCCUGCGGCAUGCGACGCAAGAGUCUGCUGGCCAGGAAGGUGAUCUGUAAGUCCGACGCCCCGACCGGAGACGUCCUGCUGGACGAGGCUCUGAAGCAUGUGAAGGAGACGCAGCCGCCAGAGACGGUGCAGAGCUGGAUCGAGCUGCUCAGCGGGGAGACGUGGAACCCUCUGAAGCUGCACUACCAGCUGAGGAACGUGCGCGAGCGGCUGGCCAAGAACCUGGUGGAGAAGGGGGUCCUGACCACGGAGAAGCAGAACUUCCUGCUGUUCGACAUGACCACCCACCCGCUCACCAACAACACCAUCAAGCAGCGCCUCAUCAAGAAGGUGCAGGAGGCGGUGCUGGAGCGCUGGGUCAACGACCCGCAGCGCAUGGACCGCCGGCUGCUGGCGCUCAUCUUCCUGGCGCACUCGUCGGACGUGCUGGAGAACGCCUUCGCCCCGCUGCUGGACGAGCAGUACGACCUGGCCAUGAAGCGGGUCCGCAGCCUGCUGGACCUGGAGCCCGAGGGCGAGAGUCUGAAGCCCCAGGCCAACGAGCUGCUGUGGGCCGUGGUGGCUGCCUUCACCAAGUGACCCUGCCGGGGACAUCCGACUGGCUGCACCGCAGUGACUUAACAGACUGGAGGGACGUCCUGGGAGGCCUAGUCCCUAUCUACACUAGAUCCAGGUCUAGAUCUAGACUAGA